UCACGUGAUUCUCGUGUCAGCUGAUUCUUGGACCGUGGCAUCCGGACUGAACCAGGACUGAAUCAGGACUAAACCGGGUCUAAACCAGGACUAAACCGGGUCUAAACCAGGACUAAACCGGGUCUAAACCAGGACCGAACCGGGACUGAACGAUGCCGCUGCCGGAGCUUUACUUUAACGCGGAUAACGGGUACCUGGAGGGGCUCGUGCGCGGAUUUAAGGCCGGGAUCCUGAGUCAAGCGGAUUAUCUGAACCUGGUCCAGUGCGAGACUCUGGAGGACCUGAAGCUGCACCUCCAGAGCACCGACUACGGAAGCUUCUUGGCCAACGAAGCGUCUCCUCUGACCGUGUCCGUCAUCGAUGACAAACUCAAGGAGAAGAUGGUGGUGGAGUUCAGACACAUGAGGAACCAAUCGUACGAACCGCUGGCCUCCUUCAUGGACUUCAUCACUUACAGUUACAUGAUUGAUAAUGUGAUCCUGCUCAUUACGGGGACUCUGCACCAAAGGGCCAUAUCAGAGCUGGUCCCCAAAUGUCACCCUCUGGGAAGCUUUGAGCAGAUGGAGGCCGUCAACAUCGCCCAGACGCCCGCCGAGCUCUACAACGCCAUCCUGGUGGACACGCCCCUCGCGGCCUUCUUCCAGGACUGUAUCUCAGAACAAGACCUGGAUGAAAUGAACAUCGAGAUCAUCAGGAACACCCUCUACAAGGCGUACCUUGAGGCCUUCUAUAAGUUCUGCUCAAAUCUUGGAGGAACCACAGCAGACACCAUGUGCCCCAUCCUGGAGUUUGAAGCGGACCGCAGAGCUUUCAUCAUCACCAUAAACUCUUUUGGGACGGAGCUUUCCAAAGAGGAUCGAGCCAAACUCUUUCCUCACUGUGGAAAACUGUUUCCUGAAGGACUGUCCCAGCUCGCCCGAGCCGACGACUACGAGCAGGUCAAGGCCGUGGCCGACUACUACCCCGAGUACAAGCUUCUGUUCGAGGGUGCGGGCAGUAACCCCGGGGACAAAACUCUGGAGGACCGCUUCUUUGAGCAUGAGGUGAAGCUGAACAAACUGGCGUUCCUGAACCAGUUUCAUUUCUCCGUCUUUUAUUCCUACGUCAAACUGAAGGAGCAGGAAUGUCGUAACAUUGUGUGGAUCGCAGAGUGCAUUGCCCAACGGCACAGGGCCAAGAUCGACAACUACAUCCCCAUAUUCUGAGGGAGUUUACCCUUUGCCCUUCAUGUCUGUCCAGUCUGUGCUGUCUUCUAAAUAAAUGCUGUAAAAUUCUGUAUUUUCACAUUCCGUAAAAAUGAGAUGCUUUGUUUGAACUCCAUUUCCCAGAGUGCUUUGCUCUGAUGCUGUGGUCCCCCUGCAGGCCGCCACAGACAUCACACUGUCAUUAAAAACCCGAUAAAAGCCUGAGAUAGUAUUUAUUGUAUUUAAAAGUGUUUUUGUGUCGUGGAAAUUUAUUCUGAAAUGAUAAAAUGUCAAAUGUGUGAAAUUAUUGUAAAUGUGAAAUAAAUCUGUAAAUGAAAA